CGACUGCGCGAUUUGCGCGAUAAACUGCGAGAGUUCGACGACCCUUUUUGCACACGGCACGAUGCUCACAUGCUUCAGGUGGCACACAAGAUGGCGUGGUUAGGCCGACCUCUGAAAUGGCCAGACCCACAGCUACCAUCCCAACAGCCUGUGUUUGGACCACCUCGAAAGAUUAGUGCUCUGAUAUUGGGUGACUCCCUUACUAAAUACUUGCGGGAGAACUUUGACAGUUGCCUGUUGAGCCCAGACGUGCACACUCGUCGAGGGGCAACUGUGCAAAUUCUUCGUCAGUAUGUUAUUAAUAACGCCCAUCAGUUGCAUACUGCUGACGUUAUAUUUUUGCAUGUCGGAACAAAUAACCUUGAACAGGGCUUCCUUCACAGCAACAUCCAAGCCUACAGGAGACUACUUACCACUGUAAGGGAAAACUUCCCCCUUACUGAGAUAGUGGUAAGUGGUAUUUUACCCCGUUCAGAUGAUAGCCGACUUAAUCUAUCUCGGGUAAUGCACAAUAUUAAGCUGGCCAAUAUUUGUCACAAUUUUUCACAUUGCAAGUUUUUAGAUUUCAGUGACAUGUUCCAUGAAUGCCAUCUUGCUAAAGAUGGACUUCAUCUUAACUGGGACGGAAAUUACCUCUUCAGCCGGCUUAUACAGAAGCAAUUAGAGAAAAUGUCAAAACCCAUAGACCCUCGUGGUACACCCCAACCCCAUUGUCCAUAGUUGCUUUCAGUGAUGACAAAAAGGUAUGUUUUAUCUAGAUAUAUUCAUUGUGUAUUGCCCAAACUGUUGUGCCAAAAACUUACAUCUUGUAUAAUCGUUUAUGUAUAUUGUCUUAAUAUGUGUUUUAUGAUGAGUGUGGCCCAAAAUAGAUAUAAGGUUAAGGUGUUGUGUUUGUGCUAAAAAUGUUUUAGAUAAUUUGGUUAUAUCCCAAGAUGGGAUGCCAGAUAUUGUAAAUGUAUGGAUAACAAGCAGCUCCAUCAUUGUAAAUUACGAGUUAUCGUGUAAUAUGAUUUUUAAAGUAUCUUAUAUGAACAUGUGUUUAAGUGUUUAGAAAAGUGGUGCUUAACAUUUAAAAGUAAGAAAUAUGGAAGCCCCUGAAACUUAGUUGAUGCAUCUUUAGUGCAACACUUACAUUACAUUUCUCAACUAUUUAUUUUGCCAAAGAAACUGUAAACAUUGCCAAUGUAAUGGGAAGAACUUGCCAUACAGUUUAUUUUUUGUGUUAACCUUAUUUUAUAUAAUUUGAUACCUUGAAACAUUAUACAAAGUGUCAUUUUAAA